AUGCACGCGGUGGGCUUGCACUCGGCGUUGGCGAUCAAGCGCCAGCGGAAGCGCAGGGAUGAGCAGCGUCGCGCUCGAGAGCGUCGGUUCAGUACGCAAUCCGGGGAGAGCGGUCUAACUUCGCCGAGGGCAUCAACGGGUUCCUUGGACAACCAUCACCGGCACCCCCACGGGGCGCACCCGAACCGGUCGGCAGGGCACGGGAUGCUGGACUCGAAGGUCGUAACCUCGGUGGGGAUGCUGCACAUCGGGGUGGUGUUCCUGGUCUUGGGGGUCUUCCUCUUGGCCAGCGGCCUGCUGCCAGGGGACCUAGCUUCCUGGGGAACCAAGGCCUCGGGGGGCUGGUGGAACGAGCUGGUAGCCACGGGGCUUUUCGCCAUCCUGGUGGGCAUCUUCCUGAUCGUCCUGAACAAGGUGAUCGCUCGGAAGGAAGAGAGCGACUUGGAGGAGUACGUUAGGAGACAGCUGACCAGGUCGAGGUCGGGCCACAGAAUGGAGCGCGACCCGGAGACCGGGAUGUUCUCCACUAGACACGCCAAGCAGGUCAGGCAGAUGAUGAUGACGACCUCGGCGACGUCCAUCGGCAGCCCGGAGGAGAAGAGCUCGGGAUCGCCCCCUAGGAGCCCACCUCCGGCUUACUCGCCCCCGGACGCCACGUCCGCGGAGACCCAGGCUGCUCAGACGGCACUUUAUCUCGAACAGAUCACCGAGGAGGAGAUCAUCAGCGAUCGCAUGGAGACCUCCACCACCACCAGUCUCAGCCCCGGCUCCCCUAGCGAGACCAGGGAGUUGAUCCAGGCCAAUCCCCCGCAUCGCUACAAACAGAACGGCAACUCCAACAUCGCCAAUCAUGCCGACACGCACACGCGGCUCUACGUUCACGUAUCUAAAAUCUAG